GAUGGCUUCUCGUCGGCUAAUCUGGUUGGUGUGGGAAGCUUUGGUUCUGUGUACAAGGAAGUUUUUGAUGAUGAGAAAGGAAUCACCAUUGUUGUGAAGGUAUUCAACCUUCAACACAGAGGAGCUUCCAAGAGUUUCGAGGCAGAAUGUCAAGUCUUGAAGAGCAUCAGGCACAAAAAUCUCGUGAGAAUAGUGACCAUGUGCUCGAGCGUCGGUUAUCGAGGGAAUGAGUUCAAGGCUCUUGUCUAUAAGUUCCUAGCUAAUGGCAGCUUGGAAGAGUGGUUGCAUCCGCUUCGAAGCAUCGAUGAGCUUGAGCCGCCGAAGAGCUUGAACUUCCUCCAGAGGUUAAGUGUUGCCAUUGACGUGGCUUCUGUGCUUGAUACCUUCAUCACCAAUAUGGAGCUCCUAUGUUCACUGUGA